AGAAUGGCUGCCAGGGAUCUGGCCAUAGGAAUGAUCUUCUUAGUACAGACUACAGUUGGAAUCCUGGGUAAUUCCUCUCUUCUUUCCUAUUAUCUCUUCCUCUGCCUCACUGGGUGCAGGUCAAGGCCCAUAGAUUUGAUUCUCAAGCACCUGAUUGUAGGCAACUCCUUGGUCAUUCUCGCUAAAGGAGUCCCCCAGACAAGAGCAGCUUUGGGAUUGAGACAUUCCCUCGGUGAUUUGGGAUGCAAACUCCUUUUCUAUGUUCACAGAGUGGGCAGGGGAGUGUCCAUCAGCACCACCUGCCUCCUGAGUGUCCUCCAGGCCGUCAUCAUCAGCCCCUGGACCUCCAGGUGGGCAGAGCUGAAAUGGAACGCUCCAAAGUAUGUGAGCACCUCUAUUUCCCUGUGUUGGAUCCUGCAAAUGCUGGUAAAUGUCAUCUUCCCCAUCUACAUAACUGGCAAAUUGAGCAACAAAAACAUCACAAACAAUAAAGAUUUCAGAUACUGUUCCACUGUUCGUCACGACAAAGCCACAGACUCAGCCUUUGCAGCACUGCUGUCAUUCCCUGACGUUGUGUGCUUGGGGCUCAUGCUCGGGGCCUCCAGCUGCAUGGUGCUCAUCCUGCACAGGCACAAGCAGCGGGUCCAGCACAUCCGUACGACUAACGCCUCCCACCAAUACUCCGAGUCCAGAGCUACCAAAACCAUCCUUCUCCUGGUGAGCACAUUUGUUGGUUUUUACAUGCUUUCCGCCAUCUUUCAAGUUACGUUGUCUGUUGUUGACAACCCCAGCUGGUUCCUACUGAGCACCAAUUCCGUGAUCACUCUGUGUUUCCCAACUGUCAGCCCUUAUGUGCUCAUGUGCCGUGACUCCAGGGCAUCCAGGCUCUGCUUUGCCUGA